AUGUCACUUCAAGGAGAUUGUGCUGCUACUUUUGAAGCUUCGGAGCUCGAUUUUGACUCGAACGAAGCGGAUCAUGAAGAAAAACAGCGUCUGAUCAAGCAGAUAAUCGAACUUCAACAUACGCUGGAGGAUCUGUCCGCGCGUGUUGACGUUGUGAAGGAGGAGAAUUUGAAGCUGCGAACGGAAAAUCAAAUUUUGGGGCAGUACAUAGAAAACAUGAUGUUGAAUUCUUCCGUGUUCCAGUCUACUUCACCGCGCCUCACAUGUGGUCGGCGACAGGUUACCGACCGGAGUACAAGAAAGAGUUAA